AUGGCGUAUGCUGAACUCUCUUCACGGUUCCCAGGAACUGGAGCUCUAUACUCAUAUGUACACCAGUGCUGGGGAUCAUUUUAUUUCAUAUCUGUUUCAGGAAAUGUAGCAGCCGUUUCUCUGGGUGCUCAAACCUUUAGUUCAUACAUCGAAGCAAUGAUAUUCAAUGACUCCAUCAACCGACUGAACAGCACCGAAUACUUUAGAGAUGUCCUAUUCAGUAAUAUUAUUGAUAUCCCGGCCUCAUUAGUGAUCAUUGUUUCAACUAUGAUUAUAAUGUCUGGUACAGCCAUAGUGGCGAAACUUUCAACACUUACAUCAGUGGUUUCCGUUACGUCUUUAAUUAUUUUAACAGUAACUGGGUUUCGAAAUGGGGAUGUCCGAAACUUGAAAGACGCUGAACACGACUCUUUGAUUCCUUUCGGAUUUACUGGAAUUAUUCAUGGAGCAGCAAUCUGCUACUUUGCUUAUACUGGAUUCGUUACUGUGUGUUUUUCGAGCGAAGAAGCAAAGAAUCCAAAACGAUCGGUGCCGAUCGCAAUUGGUAUCGUAGUUGUAUUUGUCAUUUUCCUGUACCAAACUUCUUAG